UCCCUAUGAUCUACUAAAUCAAAAAAUACUUAUUAUAAAGAUGGUUGUGCAAAUUUCCAAGAAGAGGAGUUUUGUUGCUGAUGGCAUCUUCAAAGCUGAAUUGAAUGAGUUUCUCAUUUAAGAACUGGCUGAAGAUGGCUACCCUGGAGUUGAGUCUGAGUUACACCAACCAGGACAGAAAUUAUUGCUUUGCUACCAGGACGCAGAAUGUUCUUGGUGAGAAGGGCUGAUGGGGCACAGGAAUUGACUGCUGUGGUUCAGAAGAGGUUUGGCUUCUUGAGGGCUUCAGAGGGCUUCUCUGUGUCACAAACCCCUAGGAGGCCUUGCUGUAUGGAGGGCCUGCUAUGGCAUGCUGAGUGCUGUGGCAUGGAGAGUGGGGCCAAAGGCUAUGAGGUCGUUGUGUCUAGGAAACUCUGUGGACAGAGGGCUAAAUCCAUGGAGUUUGUCGAUGGUCUGAUGACCCACAGUGAGGACCCUAUUAACUGCCCGGUUGACACUGCCGUGCACCAUGUGCUGCUCAGGUGGGGUGUGCUGGGCAUCACAGUGAAGAUUGUGCUUCCCUGGGACCCAAGUGGCAAGAUGGGUCCCAAGAAGCCCCUGCCUGACCAUGUGAGCACUGUGGAACCCAAAGAUGGGGUACUGCCCACCACCCCCAUCUCAGAACACAAGGGUGGGAAGCCAGAGCCGCCUGCCAUGCCCCAGCCAGUGCCCACAGCAUGACAGGGUCUUGUUGGCAGCUGGGUCUGGGGUCUGGAUGUUGCUCUAUAAAGACCUUUAAUAAAAGCUUUUUAAAA